CUCCGAUGACCACCAUGAGAGCGGUAGCAGUACUGCUGCUGUUCGUUGCCACUGCGCAGGCGCGUGACAUCUUCCGCAAGCCGUCCGGCAAGUACAAGGCGGCCAAGCUCCGCUUCAAGGAGGAGAAUGCGCUCACGCUGCCAGAAGAUGUCCUCCCCGAGGUGGAAAUGAUUGACGUCGGACUGAGGCAGCCGCCUCCCAGGGAUACCCUGUCAUCGGAUAACAUCAAUGAACUGUCCGAGCCUUUCCCCGAGAGCCUGGCGCCAUCGGAAGAGGAUCUCGGCAGCGUCACGGAUCUUGGUGACGUUACUCCCAGCAGGCGACGGCAGAGGAAGCUCCAGCCGCAGCGCCGUGAACGUGUUGGAGGAGACGAUGAUCGACAGGGAGAUGGCAGGAAGGGAGGCGACGAUCGAACGGGAAAUGACAAUCGAAGAGAAGAUGAUAAUAUACGAGGAGACGACGAUCUAAGAGGAGACGACGAUGGGAGGGGAGGCGACGACCGAAGGGGAGACGACGAUCGAAGGGAUGACGACGAUGGAAGGGGCGAUGACGAUGGAAGGGGCGAUGAUGAUGGAAGGGGAGAUGAUGACCUAAGAGGAGAUGACGAUCGAGGCGGAGACAAUUACAACGAGAGAGACGACGACUUCUUCGAAGAUCUCUAUGACGAUAUUAACGGAGUCGGUGAUGACGACAGGCGUGCUCGUAAGGGUCAAAGCUCCAGCUCUGACAGCAGUGGUGACGACUCUGCUGGCCAGGAUGACGACCGUUCCAAGUCAGGCAGGAGAGGCGACGACGACGACGACAUUGGAGGUCGCGCCAUCGGUAAGAGCGAAGAUGGCUCCGGUAAGCGUCCCAGCGACGACGAUGGUUCCAUGUACCGGGGUCGCGCGUACAGAGGAAGGGGCAGCCCCUUCCGCAGUCGCGGCAAAGCCGGCAAGAAAAGUGACACAGGAGAGGCGGGGCCAGGUGUCCUGAGCCGCCCCGACCUCGACUUACCCGCAAACGACGACGGUUUUGACAGCCGAGACGAUUACGUCGAACAAGAUGGCUACGACGACGACGGACGAUACGAUGAUUUGGACGGAGCCUUCGCAGGACGAAACCGAGGCUAUUAUGACGACGAUCAAUACGAUGAUCAAGGAGACGAUAUUUACGACGAUCGUGGUGACGACAUCUACGAUGAUCACGGAGACGAUAUGUACGAAGAUCGUGGAGAUGAUAUCUACGAUUAUCACGGAGACGACAGCUACAAUGAUCGCGGAGACGACAGCUACGAUGAUCGCGGAGACGAUAUCUACGAUGAUCGCAGUGAUGAUGGUUAUGAUGAUCGCGGAGACGAUACCUACGAUGAUAGCAGAGGCGAUAUCUACGAUGAUCGCGGAGACGACAGCUAUGAUGAUAGCGGAGACGAUAUCUACGAUGAUCAUUCUGAUGAUGGUUAUGACGAUCGCGGAUACGAUACCUACGAUGAUAGCGGAGACGAUACCUACGAUGAUCGCGGAGACGACAGCUACGAUGAUCGCGGAGACGAUAUCUACGAUGAUCGCAGUGAUGAUGGUUAUGAUGAUCGCGGAGAUGAUACCUACGAUGAUAGCAGAGGCGAUAUCUACGAUGAUCGCGGAGACGACAGCUAUGAUGAUAGCGGAGACGAUAUCUACGAUGAUCAUUCUGAUGAUAGUUAUGACGAUCGCGGAUACGAUACCUACGAUGAUCGCGGAGACGACAGCUACGAUGAUCGCGGAGACGAUAUCUACGAUGAUCGCAGUGAUGAUGGUUAUGAUGAUCGCGGAGACGAUACCUACGAUGAUAGCAGAGGCGAUAUCUACGAUGAUCGCGGAGACGACAGCUACGAUGAUCGCAGUGAUGAUGGUUAUGAUGAUCGCGGAGACGAUACCUACGAUGAUAGCAGAGGCGAUAUCUACGAUGAUCGCGGGGACGACAGCUAUGAUGAUCGUGGAGACGAUAUCUACGAUGAUCGUACUGAUGACGGUUAUGACGAUCUCGGAGACGAUACCUACGAUGAUCGCGGGGACGACUUCUACGAUGAUCGAGGAGACGAUACCUACGAUGAUCGCGGAGAUGGUAUCUACGAUGAUCGCGGAGACGAUAUCUACGAUGAUCGUAGUGAUGAUGGCUACGAUGAUCGCGGAGACGAUAUCUACGAUGAUCGCAGUGAUGAUGGCUAUGACGAUCGCGGAGACGAUACCUACGAUGAUCGCGCAGGCGACAUCUACGAUGAUCGCGAGGACAACGGCUACGAUGAUCGCCGAGACGAUGUCUACGACGAUGGCAGUGAUGAUGGUUACGAUGAUCGCGGAGACGAUAUCUACGAUGAUCGCGGAGACGAUACCUACGAUGAUCGCGGCGGCGAUAGCUACGAUGAUCGUGGAGACGAUAUCUACGAUGAUCGCAGUGAUGAUAUCUAUGACGAUCGCAGCGAUGAUGUAUAUGAUGAUCAUGGUAUUGACAGCUACGAUGAUCGCGGCGAUGAUGGCUAUGACGAUCGAAGUGAUGACAACUAUGAUUAUCAAGGAGACGAUUAUCGAAGUGACGAUGCCUACGAUGAUCGCAAUGAUGACAGCUACGACACAAGUAAUGACAGUUACGAUGAUCAAGAUGAUCGCUACGAUGACAGAACCGAUGAUGGUUAUGAUUACAGAGGCGACGAUGAUUAUAAUAGCAGGGACGAUGAUUUGUACGACGAUCAAGGCAAAAGCAACUACGACGACCGAAGUGAUGACACUUACGAUGAUCAAUACGACGCCCGUGGAGACGAUAUCUUCGAUGAUCGUGGUGAUGAUAGUUACGAUGUUCGUGGCGAUGACGGCUACGAUGAUCACAGAGGCGAUGAUUACGAUUAUCGAGUCGAUGACAGGUACGAUGACCGCCGCAGGGACGACCUCUACGACGACCGCGGCGAUGAUCUGUACGACGAUGGCCGUGAUGACGGCAGGUAUGACCGCCAGGAUGACGGCUAUUACGAUGAUGAUCGUUAUGAUACGCGAAAUGAUCGUGCCGACGUUCAAGAUGACAGACGAAUUGACGAUUAUGUCGAUCAGGUGGACAGCUACGCGCCGGAUUCGAGUAACGACGUCCCAGACGCGGCGUACGAUGACACCGGCAGCGAGCCGCGCAGCGCGAGGUAUUCCAUCGGUGACCGACUCGGCGAUCAGUACGAUUACGACAGACGAGAUGACGGCUACGGCGCCGGAGAUCGGUACGGCAGGAGCGCUCUUGCUGGGCGAGAUGAGACAUACGACGAUAGCUACGGCACUCAGGACGGAUACAGCGAUGUCAGCGGAUUUGACGACGGUUUCAGCAGCCCUGAUGUCAGCUAUGAUUCAGUGGAUGUGGUCUAUGAUGACAGGACCGACUACAGUAUUCAAGAUGAUAGCUACAGUGCCAUUUGA